AUGCCACCGCACCACUGGCUCCUCGGUCAUCUUCCGCUGGCUGCGGAAGUCACAAGAAACCUUGCACCUGACGCAGCUGGUGGAUACAUCGCAGAUCAGGUCCGCCAGAAGUACCCAGAGCUCAACACUGCCUUCUAUCUCGAUGUCUGGCCAUUCAGCCGUCCUGUGCUAGCUAUACUGAACCCAGAGAUGAUGCAUCAGCUCACUCAACAAGGGAAGGAGGUACCCAAAGACCCCGGUUUGAGGACAUUCUUGCAACCAUUGACUGGCAAAGAAGAUUUGGUCACUAUGGAAGGCGCUACUUGGAAACGCUGGAGAAGCAUAUUCAAUCCAGGAUUUAGCGUGAAUCAUAUAACCUCCUUGAUUCCUGGAAUGAUAGACAAGGUGCUCGUCUUUAAGCAUAUACUAGCCGAGCAAGCCCAGCGCGGCGAGGCGUUUCUCCUCGAGCAUUUGACGCUAAACCUCACUAUCGAUAUCAUUGGGGGUGCAGUUAUGUGA